AACGAAGAGAAGAGGAGCCUGGCCCUGGGCGGCCAUGUGGGCUUCGACAGCCUCCCCGACCAGCUGGUCAGCAAGUCGGUCACGCAGGGCUUCAGCUUCAACAUCCUCUGCGUGGGUGAGACGGGCAUUGGGAAAUCCACACUGAUGAAUACUCUGUUCAACACCACGUUCGAGACGGAGGAAGCCAGUCACUACGAGAGCGCCGUUCGCUUGCGGCCGCGCACCUACGACCUGCAGGAGAGCAACGUUCACCUGAAGCUAACGAUCGUGGACGCCGUGGGCUUCGGAGACCAGAUAAACAAGGACGAAAGUUACAGGCCGAUAGUUGAGUACAUUGAUACGCAGUUUGAAAACUAUUUACAAGAAGAGCUGAAAAUCCGUCGUUCCCUCUUCAACUACCAUGACACGAGGAUUCACGUCUGCCUGUACUUCAUCACUCCGACCGGACACUCGCUCAAGUCCUUGGACCUGGUAACCAUGAAGAAGCUGGAUAGCAAGGUGAACAUCAUCCCCAUCAUCGCCAAAGCCGACACCAUCUCCAAGAGCGAGCUGCACAAGUUUAAGAUAAAGAUAAUGAGCGAGCUGGUGAGCAAUGGGGUGCAGAUCUACCAGUUCCCCACGGACGACGAAGCGGUCGCCGAGAUCAACUCCGUGAUGAAUGCUCACCUGCCCUUCGCCGUGGUGGGCAGCACCGAGGAGGUGAAGGUCGGCAACAAGCUGGUGAGAGCCCGGCAGUACCCGUGGGGCGUAGUGCAAGUGGAGAACGAAAGUCACUGUGACUUUGUGAAGCUGAGGGAAAUGCUGAUCCGAGUCAACAUGGAGGAUCUUCGGGAGCAGACUCACACCCGCCACUACGAGCUGUACCGGCGGUGCAAGCUGGAGGAGAUGGGCUUCAAGGACACGGAUCCCGACAGCCAGCCCUUCAGCCUCCAAGAAACGUACGAGACCAAGAGGAAGGAAUUCUUGGGCGAGCUCCAGCGGAAAGAGGAAGAAAUGAGGCAAAUGUUUGUUAACAAAGUCAAGGAGACAGAGGCAGAGCUGAAGGAGAAGGAGAGAGAGCUGCAUGAGAAAUUCGAGCACUUGAAGAGGAUACACCAGGAGGAGAAGAAGAAGGUGGAGGAGAAGAGGAAGGAGCUGGAUGACGAGAUGAACGCCUUCAACAGGCGGAAGGUCGCGGUGGAAACCCUGCAGUCCCAAUCCUUGCAGGCUACCUCACAGCAGCCACUGAAGAAGGACAAAGACAAGAAAAACAGAUCGGUGCUGGCAGGAGCGCCGUCGGGAGCGAGUCUGUGCAGCUCCAAGGUGAUGAUGACCAAGGCCAGCGUGGAGCCCUUGGGCUGCAGCAGCUGGUGGCAGGCGCUGCAGUGCUGCAGCUGCCUGGUCCGGAGCGCCGCGUGGCGGGAAGGAUUCGUCUGAGGGCGCCUGGAACCGUCGCUUGCUACUGCACAGGAGGCUGCGCAUAUAUAUAUGUACAUAUAUAUUUUAAAAAAGCAGAGGUCAGUGAACUUUGUAUGUUUUCGUAUGUUAGCCACCUGAGGUGGAGACUAAUUUUGACUCAUACCAGGAAGCCCAGAGGGUUUCCCCUUUUUUUGUGUUUUGUGUUUGUACUUGCCAACCACGGAAGCAUUUUUGAGCUUAUGAUGAAUGUAAAAGGUCUGUGUUUCCUAACGGUUUCUGAAGUUUCUACGUUAUCCAGAUGGCUCUUUGGGGAACCAGUUCAGGCCAGCAGAUACAACUGGAGCCAGCCCCACAACUAUGAUUGUACUCGGAAUUCCCUGAGGAAACAAGCACCUGCAGGAGGCAGUUCUCACAAUCAGCAGCCCAAGGUGGCUUAAAAUUUGCACAUUACCGUAGAAGGGGGUCCAGGCUGUGUCCAUAUCUCAUGAUUCUUGCCUUACUAGCACAUGCUCCUUUCUCAAAGAUGCAGUUCGUUUCUAUCAAAUAUUUAGCAACUGCGACGUGAACUAAGUGCCAGAAUGGGGUAGUCUGAUUGCCUAAAACAGGGGUGAAUUAUUAGUGGGAUGAAAAGGGAAAUGUUUUAAGAAGACCCGUAUGUGAAAUGUAGCCAAAAACUGACAGCUUUCUAUGUACAGUAUUAAUAGAAUGGAGAGAGUUAGAAAUAUUUUUGCAGUGUGUAUUUAAAAAAAAAAACAACAUAUAGCAUUAUGAGAAUCUUUUUAACCUCCCUUUUAGUUGUCCUUUAAAAAUGGGAGUACAUUUUUUGAGAAAGAAAAGUUUUAAAUAUUAGUACAUUUAAAUAAAUUUACUGUAACGUUCUUGAAAAGACUUGCAGAUAGCUGAAAACAGGCAGCUUGCAAAGCACCUUGAGGAGAAUGCGUAUGCGUGUGUAUGUGAGCAUCUAUGUUUUCUAGUAUUAUUUGAAAAAUGAGUUGUUUCCUUAAAAAAACAAUUAUUUAAACUUUGCAAAACGUAGUGCUUACAAUCUUUAGGAAAUCCAUUGGUGUUGCUGUGUAAAGAUCCCAGUGAAGCUUACCUAGUAUAAUUCUGCCCAUGCUCAAGAUCCCAGCUGGCGAGCAUUCACGACCGCUCUGCGCCGCGAGCAUCUUCACC